AUGACAGUACCCCUACACCUAGGGGUCAACGAUGUACCGAGUGUCAAGGAGAUUUUCGGGUUUGGCUUUCAGCAAGCCAUGCUCUGCAUGUCCGGUCUUCUCGUCUACCCAUUUCUCAUUUCAAAUUGUGCAUGUGCCGGAGCAGCGGCAGUUCAGCUACGCGUUCAAUUAAUCUCUGCGACAUUCGUCUCGUGCGGGAUCGCAACUAUUCUACAGACCACUUUUGGAUUAAGGUUAUCAGUUCUUCAUGGUCCAGCAAUGGCAUUUCUACCACCGUUGUUGGCAUACAAGACACAAAAUCAUUGUCCGUAUACAGGCCAUGAUAAUGUGCCGCAAGAAUUUUGGAUGGGACGAAUGAGAGAGAUCCAAGGAAGUCUCCUCCUCGCCUGUCUUGUAUUCAUUUUCGUCGGAAUGACCGGUAUCGCGGGUCACCUUUCCAACCUAAUCGGCCCCAUUACCAUCGUCCCUCUAAUGCUGCUCCUUACCACUUCAAUCGUUCCAACCAUCGAAGAGAAACUCUCACUUCAUUGGAUUUCUUUAGUUAUGCUUCUAGUUGUCGUUCUGAUGGCAGUGUAUUUGGAGAACACUCGGGUCCCGAUUUUCUACUACAGUACCAAAAAGAAGCAAAUCGUAACCACAAGGAUUAGGCUGUUCGGACAAUUUCCAUACCUCCUGAGUAUGCUUCUGGUCUGGUUCAUUUGCUUUGUCAUGACCAUAGCCGACCUGGAACCUUAUAAUGGAGCAGCAAGGACAGAUAACAACGUAACGAUGAUGGUCCUGAGAGAGUCACCAUGGUUUCAGAUACCAUUGCCAUUACCAUUCGGAAUGCCCAAAAUCAGCGCAGGAAUCUUCUUUGGCUACGUGGCAUCUGUAUUCGCUUCUAUCAUUGAAAACAUUGGAAGUUAUGAUCUUUUAGCAAGAACCAGUCAACAAAAACCACCACCAAAGGAUGCUAUCAACAGAGCGAUUGCUGUGGAAGGUAAGUUUAACCUACUGAAUAACUUAAAAUGUGAAAAUGUAAGCAUCUUGAAACAGAAACGACAAAACUUUGUUUUCAGGGUCGGUAGUCUUAUCGCUGCAGUCAGUGGUGUUAGCAGUGGAGUCACAACCUAUGCUGAAAAUAUUGCUCUCAUUCACAUCACAAAAGUCGCCAGUCGAACUACAAUGCAAUUCGCUGGUUUCGUAUUAAUUCUUCUUGGACUGUUCUCGAAAUUCGCGGCCAUUCUCGCCUCUAUUCCCGACGCUCUUGUUGGUGGAAUCUUGACGAUGGGAAUCUCAAUGAUCGGAGGAGUCGCGUUGAGUAAUUUGCAGAUGAUCGAUUUGAAGCUGUGCCGGAAUUUAUCGAUAAUGGGGUUGUCGUUGCUGUUAGGAAUGAUCGUCCCACUUCAUUUCGAGAAACAUCCAGUGGACACUGGCUAUUUUGAAAUUGAUAACGUCUUGAAUAUGCUUCUCAAUAUCAAAAUGUUGGUUGGAGGCAUGGUAGCAACUUUUUUAGACAAUACUGUUCCAGGCGCCACACGAGCCCAACGUGGCUUCCGGGACUAUCUCCGAGUGUCUUCCGAAUCCGACGUCUCCACUUCCACGUCAUCUGAAUCCAUCGAAGUUCUCUCUUCGUCCGACGCCUACACGUUCCCAGAAGCCAUUCAGCGUCUACUUCGUGCUGUUCCAAUCCUUCAAUCGUUGCCAAUCUUACCGAAACUCACAAAAUCUCAAUACAAAUCGAAUCGGCAAAAAGAACAAGAAAGAGGAAGAAGAAGGAUGCGGAGACUCCAGAAGCUUCUAAUCCUACAAAAUCAGCGAAAAUUCUUCGAGAUACAUCAAAACGCCCUAAAAAGGACUCGAAAAUCUCUGAAAAAGCUUCAAAAACACCCAAAAAGACCUCGAAAAAAGGAAAUUCGAAAAAGAAAGCUCCCAAGAAGAAACCCGGACUACCAAGGACGAAUUAAGAAUAGAACCAAGAAGCGUCGCAUGAAAAUUGGUUUGGCUCGGAGAAGAUUGGAGCUAAGGAGCAGAAGACCAAGGAUCAACGAUAUUCGACAGAAAGUUGUCAGAGUGAUAGAGCGAUCGCUUGUGGAGGCUCCGAAAAUUCCACUCAUUUGUCAUCUGUUCCAGGAUAGAGAUUCGUUGGGAACGCCUAGAUCCCUUCUCCGCCAAGUCCUUCGUACUCUGAAAAUCUCCAACUUUGUAAAACGAACCCACCUGCUCAAAAACAAUCACAUGAAGUCUCUUUCCAAGUUCACCACUCUCUUCGUCAUCGAGGAAGACGAACCGAAUGGUCCACUCUACGUAAAAUACUGGCCUAUUUACAAUAGAGAUCUAGCCACUGUCUACGUGGAUAGACUCCCAGAAGCCUGCAAUGAAGCACAGUUGCUGCGUCUAGCACAGUGUUAUGGUACUGUAGCUGAGCUAUCUGUUGGGAGAAAAACCACUAGAUGGGUUCGCCCGCUGUUCCAUCCGAGGAAACGACAACCGGGACAUCCUCCGGCGAAGACGUGGCACAAGUGGAUUCCUAAGAAGAAGCCGUUGAUCAACGUUGGAGGUCGUCCGAAGCCAUUUGGUUUCGUUCGAUUUGUUGAUCAAGAAUCCGCGGAGAAGAUGAUCAAGGAAUUCAUUGUGAAUGAUCCAUCGGUUAUACAUCAGAGAAUGGAAGAGAAGAGGAAACAAGAAUUGGAAGAACAAAUUCAAGAGAGACCACACCAAGACCCAGAAGAUGAAAUUCAAAUUCCAGAUAUUUUGUUCCCUGAAGAAAUUGAAAAUCUAGUUCCAAUUGUCCCUCGAGAAUUCCCAAGACCUCGACCAUACGUGGAUUUACAAAUGAUCAAAAUGUUCAGAGAAAUUCGAUAUUUG